AUGGCAGCGAUCAAACAACUCGUCACCUCAGCGGUGACAACAUUUCGUGGGAAGGCGUCAAGAGACUGGGAACCCACCGACGACAUUCGGCUUUGCAACGAGAUAUGGCCUGCAUUGGUUGAAGCAUACCCUCUACAUCCCGAUCAGUAUUCCCACUUGGCGGCAUUCGCUAAAGACCAAAUCUCAAAGCUGCGAACUCUUCGACCACAACGGCUAGGAAUUGAAACAGAUAUAGCCACCUUGGCGGAAUAUUUACGCACCUUAAUUAAUCAACCCCAAGAAAAUGUCAUACAAGGCUUCCAACAAUUUUUACAACUAGAUGAAGAAUCGAGUGCCGACCACAACUCGGUGACGAGGAUUCUUGGGGUUUUAGCUUCACUAUGUCUCACAACUACCAUUGCAACAGACAGGGAUGCCGAGAAAGCAGACCAUGCCCCUGUUAGGUGGGAGAAAAAUAUAUCUUUACAGGCCGCCAUCGAUUCUUACAUGGAAAGAAAAGAUGCCACAGAAUGGUCUGUUUCGAAGUCAGCAAUUGAUCAGAGGUUGACACUGCAUAAUUUAGUAGCAAAUUAUGGCUUCGAAGUGGACUGGACUAGCGACUUCAACGAACACCUCAGAAUCGAUGAAUCGACAAAGGUUCUAUCAAUAUAUGAACACAAGGUCUGGCUCUAUGCACACCUGCGACCAAAUACGGAAUGUCCGCUUCCCAGAACCGCCAUGGAAGAAUGUCUCGAUACCCUCAACGUCCUCUUUCCACACCACGAACCAAGCACAGCCACCUUUCUCAAGAGCCGAGGACGCAGUUUCCAUUUGCUCGGAAGCUGCGGCCGUAAAUCGUCGAGGGAUCUCAGAGACUACCCCCGCUGGGGACGAAAUCUUGACCAACUCCUCAGGGUAUUGGAAGGUCCUCCAUCAGGAAUCCGGCAGCUUCUUCCCAAGCCGAAAGAGGGCAAGCUGCUAGACUUGGUCAACUUUUGGAUAGCCCUGUCAGUAGCGUUUCUGACAGGAAUUAGCUUCAUAUUUGGGUUGAUGGCUGUCAUAUUUGCCAAGAUGUCGUAUGACGUUUCCGUAGAGUCGCUACGCCUAACCCGCGAGCAGUAUCUUCUAUCGCUGGCUCAGGCGUGUUCCGGCAGAGAGGUUCCAGACGCUGUUCGUCGGUUUGCGAUGCAACUUGUAUCAAGUCACGACAUGAAAAAGACGAUUCGAAUGUUUGAUCGUAUACGAACGGAAGAGAAAGAGAAUAAAGUUCAACAGCAAUGA